GCUGUGAUCUAUUGCUCCUCCCUGCCAGGCGCUGCAUUGCUCUGCGCUCGACUGCCCCUGCCUUGGUGUUUACUGCGUGAAGGGAAGAACAAAUCAUGAGAUAAUAAACUGUGUGUUAAAAACGAAUCAGAAAUCUGGGGCACAGACGCGCCUCACCAUAUAUACAACAUGACCAACGUGUAUUCAUUCGACGGCAUCCUCAUCUUUGGCUUGCUGUUUGUUUGCACGUGUGCUUACUUGAAGAAAGUUCCGAAGCUAAAGAACUGGCUCCUGUCAGAAAAGAAAGGCAUCUGGGGGGUGUUUUACAAAGCUGCAGUGAUCGGAACGAGACUUCACGUUGUGGUCGCAUUGUCCUGCGUGGUGAUGGGCUUCUACGUCUUGUUUAUAAAAUGACCUUAAUGUUGGAUUCGGGGACGCAGAAUGGACAAUAGACUCUGUGUGACAAGACGUGUGUGUGCAAGGCUGGACGUUUCAGUGCUUCUCGGUGGUUAGACGAGCCAGAUGACGGGGGGUCACCUUUGGACAAGGAAGAAUUCACUGCAGGCGAACGAUAAAAUACUCGCUACUUUCACUUUUAAUGUACUAUUUUUUUGGGGGGGGACUGAUUUAUGUAUUUUCUUCUCUUCCAUUGUUAAAGUAAUGCAUACUGGAAUUUAUUACAGUUACACAUUUUUAAAGUUCCGGUGUUGUCAGGUGCUGCUCUUCAGUUCCAGUUGCCUCCCAUAUAUGUAAAGUAGACCAGCUAGUCUCUGUUUCUUUUAUGUGCGUACCUUCUCAUGCACAGCAGUGUAUUUGCAGAAUCAGCACAGGAUAUGCGCGUCCUGAUCAGCUGUUCACAUAGUGGUGCUGGCUCCUGCUGUGAUAGGUGUAGCAGCCAGCUGGAACUGAAGAGCAGCUACUGAACUCGGACGAAAGCACCUUCACACAGGCUUAGGACAAAAUAAACAAUAAAUAUUGGAGUGAUUGCAAUAAGGAAAAAAAAAAGGUAAUGGGACAUUAUAAAAAAAAAAAUCUGUCAUUUGAAGUUACUGCAAAGCGCACCCAGAUUAUGUUUGGUUAUAUUUGACAAAUCCGUACAUUACAUCAUCAGUUUCAGAGGAUUUCAGAACGCCGUUUCCUGGGUAACUGUUGGGUUCUAAUGUAAGUGCAGCGGGUACGAGAGACCGGCUUACUUACCGUCUGGCACACAUGAUGUUUAAAAGAGGUGCCCACAGGGUUUCGAUUUGCCAAGGCUGUACAGCUAAAUCGAUCUUAAAUAAAUAAAUAAAUGGUUAAUGUCUGCUGGUAAAUGAGAGGAGCAUAAAAGAUGCCGUUAGUUAUUCUCGCAAUUCCAAUGUGUAUUACUGCUGUUCACUUUGUGUUUGUCAUAACUGUCUUUGUUUUAAAAACACUAAUACGUGAAAUACCAGACCAAGCGGGACACUUUCCAAGCUGCUGCACUUACACCACACAGAAAGUACAGCAGGGACGAUGAAGAAAGUCAUUUUAACAGGGGUGCGUUGAGCACCGCGUCUCACACAGAUGUUCUCUGACCUCAAGCAUGUGCUUGAAUAUUAUUAUUUAUCACAUGGAUGUGUGUAGAUUUUAGGGCUUGCUGUUAUCAUGUAGCCGUGUUCAUACAUAUUGAGGGUGUUGUUUUCCGUUUUCUUUAUUAAACCUUUGAAAGAGAA